GCGCCCACAAGCCCUCCGUCUAUUUUUUUUUUUUUCUAUUGCUUUCAUUCUCACACUCUAAAAUAGGUCACGGGGUGGAAGUUACACCUGGUACAGUCCUUGGCUCGGAUGCAAAAGCAGCUAGUUCUCCCUGGCUUGGGUUAAGCUUGCAACUAUUCGGUUCGUUGGAGCUUCCCGCCCCCAUACCGCGCAGAAAGCGCCGGCGACCGUGGCGCUGACAAUGGUCUGCAGAGCAGAGCAGCAAGAAGCCUCCUGCCCAGCCUAGUCCUGCUGGCUCGGCGCCCGCCCUUCCUUGGAGGAUUUGGGGUGCGGGGGGGCGACCCGUCGCCUUGCGAGCGCUCCGAAGCCCGUGCCUGGGGUCUGACCGCCUGGGGGUCUGUAUUCCCUUCAUGUGAAGUGAGUCAUCAUGUGAAGGACCUCACUAUUUGAUUUCACUACUACUGCUUUAUAUGUGCAUUCUGCAUUGAGAAAGUCACAAGAAGCAACUGUCACUCUUUGAGGGUGGAAACUGCCUCAAUUCACAAAGAAAAGUGAUUUUCCUGUCAUCACAAGAUGACUCAGGAUGAAGCCGCCCAGCUGGAGAAGAAGCAUGUGCAUGAAGUAUAUGAGAGCACUGCUCCUUUCAUUAGUGAUCUACAGAGCAAAGCCUGGCGUCGGGUCCGCCAGUUCCUCCAGGAGCAGAAGCCAGGCAGCCUCAUCGCUGACAUAGGUUGUGGGACUGGAAAGUAUCUUAAGGUGAACAGCCAGGUACAUACCCUGGGCUGUGACUACUGUGGGCCAUUGGUAGAGAUUGCCCGGAGUAGAGGAUGUGAAGUCAUGGUAUGUGACAACCUUAAUCUCCCUUUUAGGGAUCAGGGCUUCGAUGCCAUCAUCUCUAUUGGAGUCAUACAUCAUUUUUCUACAAAACAAAGAAGAAUCAAAGCAAUCAAAGAAAUGGCCAGAGUCUUAGUUCCGGGAGGACAGCUGAUGAUUUAUGUUUGGGCCUUGGAACAAAAGAAACGGCACUUUGAGAAGCAAGAUGUGUUCGUGCCCUGCAACAGAGCCUUAUGUUCCCAGCUCUUCUCAGAAUCCAGCCUGCCUGGGAGAAAAAAGCAGUGUGGACUCCCAGAAAGCAGCCACCCCUACCACCCUCCUGGCUCUAGAAGUAGCUGUUGUGUUUCUUUGAAAGAGCGAUGUGAAUCAAAACGGUCCCACAGCCUAGAUCAUGAACCUGUGAUGGCUGGAGCCUGCUGUGCAGGUCUUUCUAAGGAAGAUGAAGAAGAAAAUGGAUUCUAUGACACACUAGGAAAAUCUUUUCGCUCCUUGUUUUCCUCCAGAUCCUUAGAUGAAUCAACUCUGAGGAAGCAAGGUGAGAGAGUGAGACCCUUGAGAAACACAGAAGGCUGGGCCAGGACCCCUGUGUCUAUUCAGCCUUCCAGAUAUUCUAGUUUAGACUGUGAUCACCAAGAGCCAUUUUCAACAAGGGAGCAAAAUCUAGAUGAAGAAGUAUUUGUGGAGACACCUCAAAAACAUUUGGAGUGGCUGAGAGAACCAACCGCAAUGAAACAUCUAAAUGGAGACCAUCAAGGAGAUGGUAGAAGUGGGGAUGGGAACUUGCUGGAUAGCACCAAUACUCAGGAGACUUGUGUCUAUGCAGGUAACUCAGAAGAUGGUAACCCCUCUGCUAGUAAAAUAUUGAGAAGGAUUUCUGCAGUCAGUUCCACAGAUUCCAACCCGGAUGAGGAAAUUUCUGACAAAGAACAGCCUGACAUUUUGGAUUCCAGAGAUCUGAUGCGCUACUACCACGUGUUCCGAGAGGGUGAGCUCUGUGCCUUGGUGGAGGAGAAUGUGGCAGAGCUCCAUAUCCUGAGCUCUGGGAAUGAUCAUUGCAACUGGUAUAUAAUUGCAGAGAAAAAGGAAAAUUGUGAUUGAUAGGGUCAUUUUAUUUAUUUUUUUUAAUUUUAUUUUUAUAUUCCCCAUACAAUUGCAACCCCCUUAUUUUGACCCCAAUCUCUCCUUUCCUCGCCCCCCCCCCAUAGUGUGUCUCUGGUUCAAGGUUGUUUGUUGAUUUUGAUUUUUUCUUUCUUAUAGUUAUUCUUUUUCCUGGUCCCUUAUUUAGGUUUUCUAGAUUCCUGCUAUGAGUUAGACCAUCCGGUAUUUUUCUUUUUCUUUCUGACUUAUUUUGCUGAGCAUGAUCCCUUCCAGCUCCAUCCAUGUUGCUGCAAAUUGCAUGUGUUUAUCUUUUUUGAUUGCUGAGUAAUAUUCCAUGGUGUAUAUGUACCACAUCUUCUUGAUCCAGUCAUCUAUUUUAGGGCAUUUGGGUUGUUUCCAAAGCUUAGCUAUUGUAAACAAUGCUGCUAUAAAUAUAGGGGUGCAGGUGCUCUUUGAAAUUGAUGUUUCUGUGUCCUAUGGGUAAAUACCUAGGAGUGGAAUUGCUGGAUCAUAUGGAAGCUCUAUCUUUAGUAGGUUGAGGAAUCUCCACACAGCUUUCCAUAGUGGUGGACCAGUGGUUGCACUCCCACCAACAGUGCAGGAGAGUUUCUUUUUCUCCACAUCCUCGCCAACAUUUGUUGUUGCUAGUUUUUUUAAUAUGUGCCAUUCUCACUGGUAUGAGAUGGUAUCUCAUUGUAGUUUUGAUUUUCAUUUCCCUGGUUACAAGUGAUGUUGAACAUUUUUUCAUAUGCCUAUUGGGCAUUUGUAUUUCCUCUUUGGAGAAGUUUCUUUUUAGCUCUUCUGCCCAUUUUUUGACUGGAUUAUUUUCUUUGUUUGGACGAUAUGAUAAUAUACAUAGAGAACCCCAAAAACUCCACAGAAAAACUAAUUCAACUGAUCAAUCAAUUUAGUAAAGUGGCAAGAUACAAAAUCAAUACAGAAAAAUCAGUAGCCUUCCUAUACACAAACAAUAAAUAUGAAGAAGAAGAAAUCAAUAAAACCAUUCCUUUUAUUAUUGAAACAAAAAAAAAUCAAAUACCUGGGAAUGAACCUAACAAAAGAAGUAAAUGACCUAUACAAAGAAAACUAUAAAACACUGUUAAAAGAAAUAGAAGGGGACACAAAGAAAUCAAAAGACACCCCCUGUUCAUGGAUCAGAAGAAUUAACCCUAUCAAAAUGGCCAUCCUACCAAAAGCAAUCUACAGAUUCAGUGCUAUUCCAAUUAAAAUUUCAAUGUCAUUCUUCAAAGAAAUAGAAAAAAUAUUGAUGAAAUUCAUAGGGAGCCACCAAAAACCCCGAAUAGCCAAAACCCUCCUGAAAAAAAAAAGAAGGGAAUGGAGGCAUCACUCUCCCAGAUUUCAAACUAUACUACAAAGCCAUAAUAAUCAAAACUGCAUGGUAUUGGAACUAGAACAGACACACGGAACAAUAGAACUGAAUAUAAAACCCAGAAAUAAACCCACAGAUUUAUGGUCAACUAAUAUUUGACAAAAGAGCAAAGAGUAUGCACUGGAACAAAAAAAGUUUGUUCAAUAAAUGGUGCUGGGAAAACUGGGUUGCUACAUGCAAAAGAAUGAAACUUGACUACUACCUCACACCAUGCACAAAAACCAACUCAAAAUGGAUCAAAGAACUAGACAUAAGACCUGAAACCAUAAAAUAUAUAGAAGGAAAUAUAGGCGAAACACUACAUGACAUGCACCUGAAAGACAUCUUUAUAGACACAUCACCCAAAGGAGUGAUAGUGAAGGCAAAGAUAAACAGCUGGGACUACAUCAAAUUAAAGAGCUUCUGCACAACAAAAGAGACAAUAACCAAAACAAAGAGAAACCCCACCGACUGGGAGAAAAUUUUUGUACACAACAUUAAUGAUAAAGGACUGAUCACAAAAAUCACAAAGAGCUGAUGAGACUCAACAAAAACAAAGGUAGGGUCAUUUUAAACAACAUUUGGGGAUGGCCUACCACUCAGGCAGAAUAGAGUUUACCAGAUUGGGGCCUCCCCAGUGGCACAGUGGUUGCACACUGGCCUGCGAAGCUGUCCUCAGGCUCUGCAGCGCCAGUUCGAUCCCCAGCUGCCGGUGAGGGACCCACAUGGCACGACAGACCCCUCUUGCAGUGCCCACUGCUCCCCUCAGCAAUGUAUUUCAUCAGUCUGCCUGUUCUGUUCCCUGCUCUGUCGCUGGUGAGUCCUUUCACCCUCCUGUGCAUCUGAUGUGUACCCAACUUCUUGUAUAAAUAAAUAAAUAAAAUCUUUAAAAAAAAAUCUUGCUCAUCCAUAGGACUAUCCUUAUAAGGAAACGUAAGUCAUGAAUGAGUUUAAAUGUACGUAGGCAAAUGUUUAGUCUCCUUUACCUUGCUUGAUUAUACAUUUUACUGUACUAUAUGAAUUAAAUUGAAAACUCAGAUUCCAUUAUUAGGACUGGAUCAAACAGUGUUGUUCCUGUUCCUUCUCCUUUGCUUGAGAUGGCAUCACUGCACAGUCCCACUGUCAGAAGUACAGGGGAGGGCCUCC